UUGUCACGCCCUGUGCCAUCCAACACAGUACGUACUGUCAGGUUCUAUUUCUUGGUCCAGAGUGGUUUUUCAGGUCUGGAAAUGAACUCAUGAUCCUAUUAUUCCCAAGCUCAUCUUUUGUUGGUCUUCCCCGAGGGUCACAAAACACCAAGGGAAUGUCUAAGCCCAAUCUUCUGUCUCAAUGCCUAUUUCUAUUGCUCCUAGCACACAUCUGCCAUGUCUCCCAUGCUGAUGUUGGCACAGCUGCCCGCUACAGACCCCCAUAUUUGCCCACGGCGUGUUUCGGAAGCGAUGCCGACCAAUUCCCAUCGAGCAACCUGUUUGGGGCGGCUGGCGAGGGGAUAUGGGACAACGGUGCCGCCUGCGGGAGACAGUAUUUGGUGCGAUGCAUAAGCGCGCGUGUUCCUCGGACUUGCAUUCCAGGGCAAAUCAUUCAAAUAAGGAUCGUUGAUCGUGCACUUUCUUCGGUUUCUAGGCCUUCCAGGGAUGAUACUACCAUUGUUCUUUCUACAACUGCUUUUGGGACAAUUGCCAACCCUUCUGCUCCUUUCAUUAACGUCGAAUUCUUACAGGUUUGAAGUGGACAUACAAUUACAGGAAGAAAUUUUUCUGCAUAAUUCAUAAUUAUGUACAGCUGAAUUGUAUUUGGUCCUGUUGGUCUUAUUACUAGAUAAUUAUAAUUCAAAGGCAGCAUAUAUAAUCAUCUGGUAUGCACGUGGCUUGUUUGCUGUGGAUGGAUCGGAUGGCCUGUAAUUGAUUUAAGGAUCCCACAUGGAAAGCAAAUCUUGAUGAUCAUCAUUAUCUUGUAUACCUCUUGUUUAUCUCCAAAUAAGAUAUGUGUAAAUUUAUCGUUGGAUAGGUGUGAUAUACAUGUGAAUCUUAUAAAUUCAAUGG